GGGCCAUCCAUUCGGGUAUUCAAAGUCCUCCAUGCCAACUCCCUUCUCUCUCUUCCAUGGCCGAACCCCAGAAGAAAACCCGUCAAACCAACCACAGAAGCAGUUGUUUCAUAGGCUGUUUUGGGUUUUCCGGGAAGAAAAAACCCCUGAAGAAAGCCAUCCAUGCCAGUAGCAAAAAAGAGACCCGUUUGCUUUCUUGGCCAAUGUUUCGUUCAAGCUUGAGAAAGUCCCGUACCAAAACGGUGCCUGUUGAUAACACCGAGAAGGCAGAGGGUGCAGAUGGCAAUAAAAGCCAUACAUCAAAGCUGAUCAAGAGGAAAUCUGAUACCAAACUCUCCUCUAAACCUCAGAACCCGGUUACCAAUUAUACACCUUCACCUCAAAAUUCCGAAACUGAGCAAGUGACGUCCUGCAAUCAAGCUGCACGAGAGAAACCUAAAGAGACAAGGCAGGGACCUGAACCGAAUAUAAUCCUCGGGAAUAGGAAACUUUCGCAGCCAACCAGAACAGGGUCGAGCCUACCGGGUUCGCCGAAGGUGAAGCCCAAAUCCAAAACGCAGACCAAGUUGUCCCACACGGUUUCGUUGCCGGUCCUAGAAGGGAACAAACGGGUGGGGAAUCCCCGGAUGAACUUGAAGGAGGUCCAACGGAAAAAUAAUGAGGUGGUUGAAAAAAUCGACCCCUUACUGGGCAUGUCUAUUAUUAUGGUGACCCUGGUAAUAAUGUUACUUUGGGGUCGAUUAUGUGCCAUUCUUUGUACAUCGGCAUGGUUCUAUUUUUGCCCUCGUUUCCGAUCCACAAUUAACAAUAAUGACACUGCUGCUAGAGGUACCGCCAAUUCCAGUGAUUUAGAUUUGGAUUCGGAGGAGUACAAGAAGAAGGUGGUGUUGGAGGGCUUCCUCCAGAGGAACCACCGGCUCACGUAAUUAUGAAACUUUUUGUACAAAAUACUUUUUGUUUGCUGUUCAUUGCGCACGUUAGAUUUAACUAUACAUGUUUUGCUAAAGUGAGCCCAAUGGGCAUUUUGUGUAAAUUACCAGUAAACUUUGUGAAAAUUCGCCGUGGGUCAGUGUCUUCUAGAAUCAAAGUUGAGCCCCUUUUUUUCUCUAUCCAUUGUGGUGGUGCUCUUGUUUAAUUGGCAGUUAGGGGAUGUCACGUGAUUUUCGAUGUGGAGCACGUGCCAGGACUCCGUCAAUGAGUGAUGUUGGGGACUGUUUGGCUUUUGUGGCUGGAAAAUAGCGGUCAGCUUCAGUUGUCGGCUUCUGCAUCACCUAACAUAACCGAGAGACUUUAAAGAGAAAAACCACGAAAUCCAUAUUCAAAGAUGUUAUUUAUUUUUCAAAUAAUUUUUUUGAUCCCGUUUAAUCAAUUUGACUUUGCUUUUUUAUUUAUUUA